GCACAGAGCGGUCGCGGCCGCGGCGCGGAGCGGAGCGAGGAGACGGGCGAGGAGCGGAGUGUGGGCCCCACGGUUUAGGAGAGCAAACUUCCAUCGCUUCCAGGAGGCAGUCGGUAGGACCCCGUGGGAAACAGCCCUCGGGGACGGGGGAGCCGAGCGGAGCUGCCAAACUCUUGAGGGUGCUUUCCAUAGGGAGCGAGAGCGCUCCGUGCCCGGAGGGGGGAAACCCCGAAGAGACCGGCGUGGCUGAGCCGAGACCUGCGGCUCACAGCGAAGAGGGAGAGCGAACGGCACAGGCAGUGCGAGCGGGGACAGGGAACCUGGGAAGAGUCUGGGGACGCUGCCCAGUCGUGCAGGGAUGGCCAAGCUGUGCAGCGCGGCAAACCGGGCGCCAUCCAGGAUGCUCCUAGAGAAAAAGCGACGCUCGAGGGGGAGGGCGGACUCCCUCCGGGCAUUCGUGUGACGGGGCAUGGCUUUGGGACCGAAUUGCUUGUCGCUGGUCUGCGAUUCCAAGAGCAAACUCCCUCGGUUUCAGAUUCGGAGCGAUCUCAUUACCCCGCCAUGGCUCAAAGAGCAAGCCCCGAUCUCGGGAGAUGCGGCGGGGCUCAGAAGAGAGAGAGGAGAUCCACGAGCGGUGCCCCGGAGAGCAAGCGCUGCAAACGGGACCCUUCCAAACGUGGCAGGUCAAUAAGUUUUUCACUUCUGCUGUUGGCCAGCAUGUGUUUUCAGGCUGUGUUCACCUCAUCUGGCUGUGGCAUCACGUAUCCGUGUUUCAGUUGGAGAUAUGUUGAGAGGGACGUCUUACAGCGCAGACUGAAAAGCGUCUGGAUAGGGGCGCUAGAAUUACUGUAAUGACCUUCGUUUGACCCUUUGGCUGUAGUCCUGCUAUCCGGAAUGCGGGUCCUUUACCCGGUGUGCAACCAGCUGACCUCUACGUCACUGAGAGACACUGUUUAUUCUGAGUUUGUGCAGAUUCUGGACACCUGGGUGCGAUGGACCCUCCAAACAUGAGUGUAAAGCCCCAACGGAGACCCCAUCAGUCUAUACACUACAGAUGGACAAAUAUUCCUAGAAUUCCCAGAAAGGUCAUGCAUAUCGAUGUAUUUUCUGGGAAUUAAUUCUACUCUCUUGGUGUUCACUGCACGUUCACCCCAAAGUCCUAAAGACUUUCGGCAAUCUCUAGUGGCAAUGUCACAGUCCUUCACUGAUGAAAGUUUUGUUGCUUUCUCUCUGGAUCCUCGUACUCGGAUAUUAAAAUUCAGUCAUCAGUCCUUGCUUUCCUCAGUUAUCACACCCUCACUUGGCUCAGCUCAUUUACGAGGAUGUUUCCGAUCUUCAGUUCACCUUACGGCACCAAUUCAUGUACCUGUUCAGAAACCGAAUCUGUAAAUGAAGAUAACUGUGAACGACCCUUGGCUGGAGAACAAAGAAACGAGGACAGUAGCCAUGUGUCAGGUCAUAGCGGGACAAGUAGUGGCAAAAGGGAAUGGCAGGUACAGUCCAGUCUGCACAAAUAUUUGCAGGAGACGUGACCCAUUCCAGUGGAAGACUUUUUAUAUUACGAAGAUUAAUCCUUAUCUGGGCAGCAGUCAUUGAGUGGAGGGGGGUAGGGAGUUCUGUCGACAACAUCAGUAGUUGAUUCCUUCAGCUGGUAUUAGUGGCUUAUUCUCUUUGCUUGGAUUUGAGUGCAAAUGUAUAGUUUGCAGGCAUGUUUGUGACAGCACACAGGACAGUCCUUGUUCCUGGGAUAUGUUUGACCAAUUGGUGAAAAAGAACCAUCCACGGGAGUGCCUGAAAUACAGGCAUCUCUUUGUGCCUUCUGAAUUUUUAUGAGGACAGACAUUUAUUUUGACAUGGCCUAAAGUAAAUGCGUAAGCUGUGUGUGAUGUACUAAACUACACUUACCAAAUAUUCAGUCUACUGAUUUAAUCGCAGGUACUUUAGAGGAGUAUUUUAAUGUGGCCACAAGGUGAUUUUGUAGAGAAAUAUAGAAGAACAUUCUGUCCUCUGCCUCUGUAAGAUACAUCUAAAAGACAUCUUUGAUGUAUAGAAGAGAACCGUUAAAUGCUUUUGCUUUAAACAAGAAUAUGGGCACUGAAAUCCUGAAGCAAAAUUCAUGGAACCAAUCUUGUAAAAGGAAAACAAUGGUCUUGUGGUUUUCUGUUGCCUUGCCACUGGAAGGCAUGCACGUAGCUGUGAAAAUAGCAAGGAGUUUAAAUUGGUCCUUCAACGCUGCUCGUGAUGAAAUACAAGUGCUGGAAGAUUUAAAAGCAUCAGACCCCAGCAAUGCCUAUCACUGUGUGCGGAUGUUAGAAUGGUUUGAGUAUCAUGGGCACAUCUGCAUUGUUUUUGAACUCCUGGGGCUCAGCACCUAUGACGUUAUGAGAGACAACGACUUCCUGCCAUUUAGCCUGCAUGACAUCAGACACAUGGCCUAUCAGAUCUGCACCUCUGUCAACUUUUUGCAUAUGAACGAACUGACGCAUACAGAUCUGAAGCCAGACAAUAUUGUGUUUGUUGAGUCUGACUGUGUAGAGGAGUACAACCCCAAACUGGAUCAAAAUGAAGUCACACUGAGAAAACCAGACAUCAAAAUCGUGGACUUUGGAUGCGCCACUUACGAUCACGAGCAUCAUAGCACUUUGGUGACUACCAGAGCUUACAGAGCUCCUGAGGUGGUCCUAGGGCUCGGAUGGUCACAUCCAUGCGAUGUGUGGAGCAUCGGAUGCACUCUCCUAGAAUACUACCUUGGACUCUUAGUAUUUGAGACCAAUGAUGACAAAGUGCACCUGGCAAUGAUGGAGCAAUUACUAGGACCCUUGCCUGAGCAUAUGGUAGAAAGAGUUGUUUCUUCAAGGAAAAAGAAUUAUUUCUGCAAUGGCCGCCUGGCCUGGGACAAACACAGUGUUGCUGGGCUAUGUGUCUCAAGUUGUUGUAAGCCCCUGAAGGAAUUCAUGGCCUGCCGCGAUUGUGAUCAUGAAAAACUAUUUGACCUGAUAGACAAGAUGCUGGAGUACGACCCAACGAAGCGCAUUACGCUGGAGGAAGCACUGAAACAUCCUUUCUUCCUCCCAUUGAAGCAGGAGGAAAGGGCACAGCUUCCUGAAGCUACAGGCAGACAAACAUCUCCAUGGGCCCAUUGAGAAACAGAAACUAUGAUAUGUGCUGGGGUUUUGUUUGUUAGUUUGUUUGUUUGUUUCUUAAUGUUCUGUAUUUAUGUAUUUACGCUGAAUUCAAAUUAAUCUGUUGGAAUAAAACUUU